AUGGAGAACACCGAGAAGAUUAACGACAAGCCGCCCAAGGUUGCUAUUGUUACUGGCGCUGCGUCCGGGAUCGGAAAAGCGCUCGCAACGAACCUGGUAAAUGAGGGUUGGCGGGUGGCGUGCUGCGAUAUCCAGCAGGAAGCCGGGAGUGCCGUGGCAACGGAGCUUGGAACCAAUGCAGCCUUUUUCCAACUCGACGUCUGCGACUAUGAUGAUCAAGCCAAAGUUUUCAGCCAGGUGUGGGAGAAAUGGGGCCAAAUAGACGCCCUGCUGGCCAAUGCAGGCCACUCAGACCGCGGCUCUAUCUACAUUUUCAACCAUCGAGGCAAGACUGAGAUCCCACCCAAGCCAGCUCUGAAGUCUAUCAAAGCCUGCUACGAGAGCUUUCUCUACGGGGUUCAACUUGCAAUUCAUUUCAUGAGGAAGAACAAAACACCAGGGGGGCAAAUCGUCGCAACAUCAACUAUCGCCUCGGUUCACCCGCACCAGACAUUCCCCGAGUACUGCGGAGCCAAGGCCGCAAUUAAUCAAUUUGUGCGAACGGCGGCGCCGAUUCUCCAAUUGAAAGAAAACAUUACCCUUAACGCUGUUUUGCCAGGCAUUGUAGUAACUAGGGCCGUACCCCAGGCAUCUAUUGAUGCAACGAAGCCAGAGCACAUUACGCCUAUUGAAACCGUUGUGGAAGCAUACGAUUUGUGCCUAAUGCAACCCAAUCUUAAUGGUCAACUUAUCGAGUGCUCAGGCAAUAAACAGUUCUUCCUAUCUCCACCUGAAAUGGCCAAUGGCGCAGCAACAAAGAGGGCCUGCACAGUCUGGGAGCCACUGUUUGAGGCAAAGCACCAGGAGAAGUCGGGCUUACCAGAUGCCAUCCUAUAG